GGUGCGGGGAAAAAUGGUAGCUCUCAUUCAGCCUUCGCUUUGUACUUCCUGUUUGGGCGUAACAGAAACGUUAGCUAAAUUGAUGACGAACUUUCACGAAUUUGAAAUGGACGAGUGUUUGUAUUUAAACAAAUGUGUAUAUAAUACAAAAAUAAAACGGAUGUAUACAAACUGUAAAAAAUGAGUUUUUAUACACACGCACAAAAAAAAAAAAUAUAGAUAGUAACGAAAAUAGAAUCAUCCCCGACAGUAGGGGCGCCCGCAAACGCGAAAACACCCGAAGAAGAAACAUUGAGCGCCGAAACAAACUCGUGCACGUUUUUAUAGUUGUUUAAUGAUUAUUGUUUAAAUAACGCGUCUUCCUCGCUAUUUUAUCGCACGCGUUUCGUCUGAAGUGUUUACUCAUUAGUAGUUUUACUCUUUUCUAGAAGGUAAUCGUGUGUUUUGAGGUUUUUGGGGCCCGCACGAGGACGCCAUGAUGAGCUAGCAUUGUUAGCGAGCGCUGUGUACGUCUGCUCGCGCCGUGUUCUAAAAGAAUAAACACAAAUAAUAGUAAUAAUAAUAAUUAAAAAUGGCCGGGUUUAGUUUCGGAACCGGUACCCUGGGAUCCACGAACACCGGCGCGGGUUUUUCUUUUGGAUCAGCAUCCAGCGCUCCUGCAACAGGAACCGGUGGCUUCAGCUUUGGUGGUCUUGGUACGGUGACCUCCGCCAACACCAGCACCACCGGGUCGUCUCUGGGGCUCAGCAGCGGAAUGUUCGCUCAGAAACCGGCGACCGGGUUCUCUUUUAACACGCCUUCCUCGGGAGCUGCUGCACCAGCCAUCGGACCCUCUUUAGGAGCUCCCGCCACCGCUGGCGCCGCCCCUGCCGCCUCAUCAGGCUUCGCGUUCGGUUUCGGAAAACCGGCGGCUUCUGCGAGUCCGUUCUCCCUGAGCACCACCUCCACCAGCACGGCCCCGGCAACCAGCGGCCUGUCCCUGGGCUCCGUCAUCACCUCCUCAGCACCUCAGGGCGGAUCGACGGGGUUCUCGCUCAACCUGGGGGCAGGAGGGGCCAUGUCCUCGGCUCCGUCCACCGGUCUCAAUCUCGGCUCUUCGCUCUUCUCCACCUCGGGCUCCACGGGUCUCGGGCAGCAGACUCUGGGUGGAGGUCUGACGUUAGGAGGUUUGCUCUCAUCCGCCACGUCGGCCGCGGCUCCCACGCCCAGCUUGGGUUUGGGCGGAGUCGACUUCAGCUCAUCGUCAGAGAAGAAAAACGAUAAAUCAUCUGGCGCUCGGCCCGAAGAUAGUAAAGCUCUGAAGGAUGAAAACCUGCCACCUCCGAUCUGCCAGGAUGUGGACAACUUCCAGAAGUUUGUGAAGGAGCAGAAGCAGGUGCAGGAGGAGAUCAGCCGCAUGUCCUCUAAAGCCAUGCUGAAGGUGCAGGAUGACAUCAAGAGCCUGAAGCAGCUGCUGUCGGUCAGCGCCAGCGGGCUGCAGAGGAACGCCCUCUCUAUAGACAAGCUGAAGAUGGAGACGGCGCAGGAGCUGAAGAACGCUGACAUUGCCCUGAGAACCCAGAAAACUCCUCCUGGACUUCAGCACGAGAACACGGCUCCCUCCGAUUACUUCCGGGGUCUGGUGGAACAGUUCGAGGUGCAGUUACAACAGUACCGCCAGCAGAUAGAGGAACUGGAGAACCAUCUGACCACCCAGAGCAGUGGUUCCCACAUCACUCCUCAAGAUCUGUCUCUUGCCAUGCAGAAGCUCUACCAGACGUUCGUAGCUCUGGCUGCACAGCUGCAAGCCGUCCACGAGAACGUAAAGACGUUAAAGCACCAAUACCUGGGCUACAGGCGAGCGUUCCUGGAUGAUGCGACGGACGUGUUCGAGUCGAAGCGAAGCGCCAGCCGUAAACUCCAGAGCGCCCCGAGAGUCACCACCGGCCCUACGCCUUUCGGCUCCGUCCCCAACGCCACCGCCGUUGCCAUGGCUGCCACGCUCACGCAGCAGCAGCAGCCUGCUCCAGGAUCUCAGGCGGGUUUUGGCACUCCCUUUGCCUCAAGCAUGGGCACUAGUAUGGGCUCCAGCAGCCUUGGAGCUUUCGGUAGCGGCCCGGCAUUCGGCGCCUCGGCGACUGGAGGCUCAUCGUUCGCUUUUUCCGCUAACAAGCCGUCCGGAGGGAGCUUGAGUGCAGGGUUUGGAAGUUCCAACACCUCAGGCUUUAACUUCAGUAACCCAGGAAUCAACGCGUCGGCCGGACUGACCUUUGGCGUGAACACGGCUCAGAGCGCCGGCUUUGGCACCGGAGUCCUGCAGCUGAAAAAACCUCCAGCGGGCAAUAAGAGGGGCAAAAGAUAGAACAGCAGGGCAGAUAUUCACUAAAGGGAAAUAAAUUUUUUCAGGCCACAGGAAAGGUGGGGGUUAGUGAAAAUGUUCUGUAUUUGUGAUGGAUGUCCUCUGUGUGUGUGUGUGUGUGUGUGUGUGUGUGUGUGUGUGUGUGUGUGUGUGUGUGUGUGUGUGUGUGUGUGUGUUUUCGAAUGUUUAUCAUCACAGAUAUUAAGUAUUUGAGAAGGAACAUACAAAGAGCACAGACAUGUGAUUACUCCUGUUUCUGUUUCUUGUCCUGGUCUGUUCUGAGUGUUAAACGUUGUUUUGUGGCCCUGAUUUCUCUUGAUGUUUUGACUUUUUUUUUUUUCUCUCUCAAAUGUACCAAAUUGUUUUUCCAUAAAAAAAAACUUUAUUAAUAAAAAUUACAAUUAUUUCUU